UACAACGUCGAUUUAUAGGGGCUGAGCCGUGACGCCUUAUGACGCAGCGGGGCUCGCAGGGGUCGCGCGCCUUAUUUGCAUGCAGAAAGAGGUGCCUAGUUUAUCGUGUAACAGUUUCUGACCCUGAGCCGUAAACAGGGGUCGGGGUAUAAUCUGGCUUAAGCCUCUAAUGUUCCUGUUUUACACUCAUCGAGAGCACGUGCUUUGCAUAUGAUUCGCAUUGUACGUGUGAUUUACAGUGAGUGGGGCUCGGCGUACGCCGUUGUAAUCUCCCUGAGAAACCCUUCCGGUAUCAGGACUUGACCCAGCUCAGUAUUGCCCAUUCCUUUGCUGCCGCAAAACCUCAGAAGUUCCAGCAAGUUCGCCACUUCCGGUCCGGCGGACUGUCCAACGGCUUCAACAGCGGAAGUGGUAUAAGAAGCGUGCACUCCUUCCGGUUCCGGCCUCGCGAGCUCCUGUGUGGCAACAUGAAACUGCUCACCCACAAUCUCCUGAGCUCGCACGUGCGGGGCGUGGGCACGCGUGGCUUCCCGCUGCGGCUGCAGGCCACCGAGGUCCGCAUCAACCCCGUGGAGUUCAAUCCUGAUUUCGUGGCGCGAAUGAUCCCUAAAGUGGAGUGGGCGGCGCUUGUGCAAGCGGCGGACACUUUAAACCUGGCCGAGGUACCCAAAGAGCCGACUGAAGGCUAUGAGCACGACGAGACGUUUUUGAGGAAGAUGCACCACGUGUUGCUUGAGGUUGAUGUGCUGGAGGGUACCCUGCAAUGCCCAGAAUCUGGCCGUCUUUUCCCCAUCAGCCGCGGGAUCCCCAAUAUGUUGCUGAAUGACGAGGAAACUGAAACAUAGCUUGCUAGCCGCUACUUUAGCAUUUGUGAUGCUAUCAGUUGUAUGACCUGUUAACUAUGUCAUGUGUUACUCCAUCUCCCCCCAAUGACUCACCGACCACCAUGUACUUGAGCUCCAUAGUAUAUUUUUUUUUCUCAUUAAAGGUUCAAAACCAAAA